CGGUACAGGUGUCGGAGGACGGUAUUAAAGGCCGGACGCUUCCGGUGGAGGGAAGCUGUGCUGGGGCUUGCUGGGAUCAUGGCGGAGAAUCACUGCGAGCUGCUGCCGCCGGCUCCAGACGUCCUCGGGGCGGGGCUGGGGGGCGGCCUGUGCCGCCGCUGCAGCGCGGCUCCCGGCGCUCUGGCCCAGCGCCCUGGCAGCGUGUCCAAGUGGGUCCGGCUCAACGUCGGCGGCACCUACUUCCUCACCACCCGGCAGACGCUGUGCCGGGACCCGAAAUCCUUCCUGUACCGUUUGUGCCAGGCCGACCCCGACCUGGACUCGGACAAGGAUGAAACAGGUGCCUAUUUAAUCGACAGAGACCCCACUUAUUUUGGGCCUGUGCUGAACUACCUGAGACACGGGAAGCUGGUCAUUAACAAAGACCUUGCAGAGGAAGGAGUGUUGGAGGAAGCGGAGUUUUACAAUAUCACCUCACUGAUAAGACUUGUAAAGGACAAGAUCAGAGAACGGGACAGCAGGACAUCACAGGUGCCGGUGAAGCACGUGUACCGGGUGCUUCAGUGUCAGGAGGAAGAGCUCACGCAGAUGGUGUCCACCAUGUCUGACGGCUGGAAGUUUGAGCAGCUGGUCAGCAUUGGCUCUUCCUACAACUAUGGGAGCGAAGACCAGGCCGAGUUCCUCUGCGUGGUGUCCAAGGAGCUGCACAACUCCCCGUAUGGCACAACCAGUGAGCCCAGCGAGAAGGCCAAGAUUUUGCAAGAACGAGGUUCAAGGAUGUGAGGAGCAUGGUGUUGGCAGCGGAAGCAUUUUUCCCUUCCCCAAGAUGCAGCAAGCGCCGUGCCGAGGGAGCUUGGCCAUGAGAAGAAAUCUGCUUUUGACAAUUUCUCUGGGGAUGUGGGUGUGAAUCCUUUCUGCCUCUGAGGCGGGCGGUGAGAGACGGGACCAGCUGUCUGAGGCGUGCUGGCCGGGGACGUCCCCGUGGGUUCCGCUUGCUGCCUUUGAGCCCAGCACUGGCCUCCGGGCUGCUUCUGACUGACCCGUAAUCACCGAAGAUCAUCUGAAGGACAGUGUUCUUGGUGCUCCUUACAAGUCCGCAGUGGGGCCUGGGCCCCACGGGUAGGAGGUGGCCGCUGUGCCGUGGCCCCCGGCUCUGGGUGCCUGCUGAUCACGCAUGCGCCCCCCCUGGCCCUGGCCCUGGUCAGGGAGUCUGCUCUGCCUCCCAGGCGUGAUUCGCAGUUCCUCCAGUCUCGGUGGGCGGCUCGUGAUGGAAGCGGCCUCCACGUGUUGGCUACUUACCCGGCCUCUGUCCUCAGAACCGGCCCCCUGGCCCGACCCAGCCUGGAGCCGUUGAGGCUUCUCCGUUUGUAUUUCCCGGGUGAGGCCUGUGUCCCUUCUUCCCCAGUGUGGAUAGACUGCCCGGUGUUCUUCCUCUUUAGAAUUGCCUGACAGUGUUCCUGUGUUCUGGAUUGGCCCCUCAGUCAUUUAAAGGGCGCUGCAGCUCCCCGCCCUCCUGGGGCACUGCCCCUCGUCAGUGCCUUUGUCUCGCCUGGGAUGGAGGUCGGGGGAGGCCUGUCCGCCUGGCUUCUGGGGCUGACGCUCCGCGUCACACUGAACAUUGGAUGUUUACAGCGCAUCACAAAUCUCUCCCUUGCCAGCUCUCCUGUUUUUCCUGUCUAACUAUGCAGCCCUCUCUGAUGUUUCUGGGACGUUUAGCCUUCCACACAGCCUGCAUGGGCUCUGCCCGCCUGACGUGACACGGGAGCUCCAGAUUCCUCUAAAACCCGCUGUGCACCUCAAGAACAGACCUUCCUCAGCUGGUCGCGAGGAUGUUCAGUCUGGGAUCCUGGUUCAGAGGAGCGGCUCUCUGCUCCCUGACCACCGGCUCCCCGGGGAAGCCCUGCUCACUGACCACCAGGGCUGCUGACAUGCCUGGCAGACGCUCCGACACAUCCAGUUUCAGAUGCUUCCAGAGGCUUCUUGCCUGAUCCCUCUUCUCCUUUGCCAAUAACCGGAUUAACCAAGUUCUCCAGCACCUGGGACUUAACCUCCUUUUUGUAAGGUCUGUUGUAUGUUGUUGAAUGUUUGGCUUCAGCGGUUGAUAGCAAAGUCUCUGAGGGCAUGUCCUGCCCCUGGUGUCGGUUCUCCCGCAGAGCCUGGGAGGCCGUGGGGUGUGCCUGCAGGGCGAUCCUGGCCACUUAGCGUGGUUUGAUUUGUGACCUUGACAUAAUAGAUAGGCUUGUGGUUUUUUAAUUUAAAGAUAUUAAGACUUAAUUCACUAAAACUUAUUCUAAGGGGAUAUUUAUACUUUUAUACUUUUUUAGGUAUCCGUAUUUUAUCAUCUUACAGUUUAAUGCCUAAGUUUCCCCUGAAAAUAGCAAAUAAAAUUGUGUAUUUAUGAAUGAGCA